AUGAGUCGAGGGGCUGUCAAGCGGAUCAGAACCGUUGGAUCUGCUAAAAAAGAUUUCGUCAGGCACGCGUGUGCUUUGAUUAUUGGCCCACGUGAUAUUUACACCGCUGGCCUAAAAGCUGGAAACAAUCUUGCAGCCGCCCUUAAAGCUCGAAGACCGGAUAUAGCAGGUGAAAAACUUCAACCCGUGAAAGUAUUCUCACUUAAUUCUCCCUUUAAUCACGAAGUCUUCUUCGGUUCACGAGACUGGCAUGAACAUGACCCGGAAAUGCACCAGUUAGGUUCAGAGCCCAAGCCACGGUGGAUCACCAUGGCAAGCGGCGGUCUAUUAUUGUUGCUAUUGUGGUGCCGCAACUCUUAUAAAAGAAAAAACGACUUUUGGCGUCGGGGGCUGUUAAGUGGAUCAGAACCGUUACAUUUGCUCAAAAAGAUUUGGUCGGGCACGCGUAAAUUGCAAUAUCACUUCCGUCUUGUCUGCCAAAUUGUGGUGGCGCGUCUCUUUAUAAGAGAAAAAGCCACUUUUGGCCUUUCACUGAACUUGGCGAGUGGAGGGUUUUUAAUCGGAUCAGAACCGUUAGAUGUGCCCAAAAGAUUUGGUGAGACAAGAGAUCCAUAUAACUCUCUUAAUACACUCCAAUUUAUUGACGUGUCAAGCCUGCCCAAAAAUCAUGGGCCCAAUCAUUCAGCCCAUGGAUUACUUUCAUCCAACAUGCAACCAUAA